CGCUCCCGCUCCGCGCUCACACGGGCUCCGCUGCACCGGCGCUGGACAUGGGCUCCGCGGGCACCCGCCCCGCUCUGGCGGCCGCUCUCCUCUGCCUGGCCCGCCUGGCUCUGGGCUCGCCCUGCCCCGCCGUGUGCCAGUGCCCGGCGGCCGCGCCGCAGUGCGCCCCCGGCGUGGGGCUGGUGCCGGACGGCUGCGGCUGCUGCAAGGUCUGCGCCAAGCAGCUGAACGAGGACUGCAGCCGAUCGCAGCCCUGCGACCACACCAAGGGGCUGGAGUGCAACUUCGGGGCCAGCCCCGCCGCCCUGAAGGGCAUCUGCAGAGCACAGUCCGAGGGAAGACCGUGUGAAUAUAACUCCAAAAUCUACCAGAACGGGGAGAGCUUCCAGCCGAACUGUAAACACCAGUGUACGUGCAUAGAUGGAGCUGUGGGCUGCAUCCCGCUCUGCCCGCAGGAGCUCUCUCUUCCCAACCUGGGCUGCCCCAGCCCCAGGCUGGUCAAAGUGCCCGGGCAGUGCUGCGAGGAGUGGGUCUGUGACGAAAGCAAGGAUGCGCUGGAGGAGCUGGAAGGCUUCUUCAGCAAAGAGUUCGGUCCGGAUGAUUCUGAAGGCGAACUAACCAGGAACAACGAGCUAAUUGCCAUUGUGAAGGGAGGCCUGAAAAUGUUACCUGUUUUUGGAUCCGAGCCACAAAGCCGAGCUUUUGAGAAUCCCAAAUGCAUUGUGCAAACAACUUCUUGGUCCCAGUGCUCAAAGACAUGUGGAACUGGCAUCUCCACAAGGGUGACCAAUGACAAUGCUGACUGCAAGCUCAUCAAAGAGACCAGGAUAUGUGAAGUGAGGCCAUGUGGCCAGCCUAGCUAUGCCUCCCUAAAGAAGGGAAAAAAAUGUACCAAGACUAGGAAGUCCCCAUCCCCAGUGAAGUUUACUUACGCCGGAUGUUCCAGUGUGAAGAAGUACCGCCCCAAGUACUGUGGUUCCUGCGUGGAUGGCAGGUGCUGUACACCCCAGCAGACCAGGACUGUCAAGGUCAGGUUCCGCUGCGAUGAUGGGGAAACCUUCACCAAGAGUGUCAUGAUGAUCCAGUCCUGCCGAUGCAACUACAACUGUCCACAUGCAAAUGAGGCUUAUCCCUUCUACAGACUAGUCAAUGACAUCCAUAAAUUUAGGGACUAAGUUGUGUUGGGGGUGGGAUGCAAAACAGAAUUUUGAAGUAACCAGCCAUGGAGAAAGGACCUCUGAUGGAAAUGGUGCCUUGCCCAUUUGAGGGCAACAUUGAGAUGUUACAGGAGUGCACUGUGCAACUGGACACUAAUGCAACAGAGAUUUAAGCAUACUUAAAGCUUCAUAGUACUGGAGCAAUUUUACUGCUUCUUUUUGGAGCACCUUAUCUAAUUAUAUACUGUUUUCUGUUUGUAAGUGAUCAGAUAAAUGUUUCGUUCCGGUUAUGAAAACUUUACUAUUCUGUUCAAUUUAACACUAUGCUUCUCUCCAUCCCUCCAAUCUUCUCCCAUCCUUUCCCAACCAAGUUGGAAGUUACAUUCCUUCCUGAGGUGGGCACUUGUGGGGUGUUCACAAUGGCAGCUAUCAUGUACCAACUGUAGUUUAAUGGCAAACAGAAAUCAGUUGUUUUAAAGCUGAGUAUUUUAUUUAUCAACCUGUAGCUUUUGUUUUGUUUUUACUUUUUUCUUUUUUUUUUUACCCCUUCCAGCCCCUGUAAUACUGGAAUAAGUUGUAAAUGAUUUUAAUUUUAUAUUCAAUGAAUUAAAAGAAUUUAUUUAUGGAA